GCAGGAGCGUCGCCGGCAUCGCGGCCUAGGGAGCAAUGGCGGCCGCUUCAAAGGGCCGCGGGGUGGCGGGAAAAACGUGGCCCAGUGGCCUCGUAGUGACCAACGCGGCCAGGAGGGAGAUGGGGUUCCCUAGCCUCUGCCUUCCGCAGAAGACCAGCUGUGGCUUUACAAAUGCCUCUUUGCCCCUUGAAGGCCACUCCAAGAGUAAAAUGGACAACGAUAGCGAUGAGGAUGUGGUGGACUUGGCAGCAAAUUCUCUCUUGAACAAGCUAAUCCGGCAGUCCCUGGUAGAAUCCAGUCACCACGUCGAAGUGUUGCAGAAGGAUCCCAGAUCGCCGCUCUACUCGGUGAAAACAUUUGAAGAGCUGCACCUAAAGCAAGAGCUACUAAGAGGGAUCUACGCAAUGGGGUACAACAGACCCUCCAAAAUCCAGGAGAUGGCCCUGCCCAUGAUGCUGGCCUGUCCGCGCCAGAACCUCAUCGCCCAGAGCCAGUCCGGGACGGGGAAGACCGCGGCCUUUGUCUUGGCCAUGCUGAGCCGCGUUAGCGCCGAUAAGAAGUUCCCACAGUGCCUUUGCUUGUCUCCAACUUACGAGCUGGCCAUGCAGACCGGACAGGUAGUCGAGCGGAUGGGACAGUUCUGCGUCAAUAUCAAUGUGAUGUAUGCUGUCCGCGGGAAUCGAGUUUCCAGGGCUUUGGGCAUAACCCAGCAGAUUGUGAUCGGGACUCCCGGGACCCUGCUCGACUGGUGCUUCAAGUGGAAGCUGAUAGAUUUGACUAAGAUCCGCGUGUUCGUCCUGGAUGAAGCGGAUGUGAUGAUUGACACCCAGGGGUUCUCCGACCAGAGCAUCCGCAUUCAGAGAGCUCUGCAGCCAGGAUGCCAAAUGCUCCUGUUCUCCGCCACCUUCGAGGAUUUCGUGUGGCAGUUCGCCGAGCGCAUCAUCCCCGAACCCAACGUGAUCAAGCUGCGCACGGAGGAGCUGACCCUGGACAACAUCAGGCAGUUCUACGUCCUGUGCAAGCACAGGAGCGACAAGUACCGCGCUCUAUGCAACAUCUACGGCAGCAUCACCAUCGGGCAGGCCAUCAUAUUUUGCCAGACUCGUCAGAUUGCCAAGUGGUUAACGGUGGAGAUGAUGGAAGAUGGACACCAGGUGUCUUUGCUGAGCGGAGAGCUGACCGUCGAGCAGCGGGCCGCCAUCAUUCAGCGGUUCCGUGACGGGAAGGAGAAGGUCCUCAUAACCACCAACGUCUGUGCCCGAGGAAUUGACGUAAAGCAGGUCACGAUUGUCGUGAACUUUGACCUCCCUUUGAAUCAAGAUUACGAACCCAACUACGAAACCUACCUCCACCGCAUCGGCCGGACCGGGCGCUUUGGGAAACGGGGGCUGGCCUUCAACAUGAUCGAAGUGGACAAGCUGCCCUUGCUCAUGAAGAUCCAGGAGCAUUUCAAAAGCCAGAUUAAGGAGCUGGACCCCGAGGACAUGGAUGAAAUUGAGAAGAUAGAGAAUUAAGAGGGGAGAGUUCGGGGGUGAGGAGGGCAGGAGGGAGGGAGUCUCCGAGAGGAGGAAGUGGGCUUGGUUGGAGUUAAUUUUACAGGAAAAUUCCUUAUGUUUCAUGACGUUUGCCCGAG